UCAGUCUUUGUUUUUGUGUUGGUUUAACUACACGCGUCGUUUUUUAGUGCGUUCUUUUUACUUGGUAUUAUGCCGAAACAUUUAAAGAAACGCAGCCCUUCUCCAGAUGCGUUGCACGUCUUUGGAAGUUUGCUUAAGAAAAUUGAUCGACGACUAGAAAAGGUUGAGAGAAAACAAAGAAGACGCCGGCGGAAAUCACCGUCUCCGUAUCCUUCUGAUAGCGAAUGUAGCCAGUCACCUUUUUCGCCGUCAAGAGUACGUGAAGGAUUGUCACGUUUAUCUUCUCCUGGCCCUUCUGGUGUUAAUGAGGAAGUAGCAGAUACAGAAUUGUUGAACUGCUCAGCCGGGAUAGAAAAUUUUACACACAAUGAUGAAACAAUUCAGGAGCUUCGUGAAGACGAGUCUGAGGACGUGCUUCCGCCAGCUAUUUUAACUUUGUUAGGUGAAGAUGACAUUAUGGAAAAAGGUUUUUCCGAUUCAAUCCAUCCGGACUUGGCUUCUCGCUGGACAAAAUUGUUAAAAUUAGGGUUGUCAGAAGACAUAAAAACAAAUUUAAUUAAAAAGUAUCUUCCACCGAAAAACUGCCCAGAUUUGUUACCUCCAAAAAUUAACCCGGAGGUAAAAGUUGCGGUGCAAGACGGUACAUUUCGGAGAGACAUACGAUUGAGUCAACUUCAAUCGCAGUUAAGUGCUGCGAUUUCUGGUGUUGGUUGUGUUGUCACAAAUUUAAUUAAGGAAGGAAGCGGAGAACACAUAUCGUACAUCGAAGUUUUGAACGAUGUAGGACGUUUGCUGAGUGACAUCUACCACACCGAGUCGAUAUCGCGUAGGGACCUGAUUGCACUCAAUUUAAAUAAGGAUUUACGGGAUACCUUAAAAAACACUUGCAUAACCGAGUGGUUAUUUGGAAGUGAAUUAGACAGUAGCAUAAAAGCCGCAAAAGAUUUGGAAAAAUCUGCAAAUCAAUUAAAGGUACCUAAGAAGCGUACAUUUUCUGGACCGUCUUUACCUUCGAAACAGGGAAACGCAAAACGUCCGUUGUUGCAGAAGAAGGGAGUGCAACAAUUGAGACAAAGUUACCGAACUCCCUACACCCAAACCAGAGCACCAGCGUACACUCCCCUGAAGAGGCAGGAACGUUACAAACAUUUCCAAUCCAAACAAGGACAGAGGGAUCGUUAGAGGUUAGUAGUCCUUGUGGAAGACUCAGACAGUUUGCGUUUAGAUGGAGUGCGUUAUGUAUUGACAAUAGGAUAGUGUCCUAUAUCAAGGGAUUUUAUAUUCCCUUUCAUACAAAACCAAGUCAACUUGGUGUACCUGUAGAACCAAAAUGGUCACAAAAAGAAUCCAAAAUUGUAAAUAAUAUAAUCCAAGAUCUGUUGCUUAGGAGGGCUAUCAGUAUAGUUGAGCCGAGGGAAGGUCAAUAUAUAUCAAACAUUUUUCUUGUACCUA